AUUACAUGACAAUACAAGUAGUGUGACAAGCAAGCAACUGUGGCUAUGUUGUCUUUUGCAUGUGGUCAAAAGUCCAACCUGUUUCUGGAACAGUGUACUAUGAAAAAGACAUGCAAGUCUGAUUCAAGAAUCAAGAUCAACUAUCAACAUCUCAUGAUCAUAUUUUGUCCUUAUACGUAACAAACACAUGAGAAACAAAUGUUCCUAGCCUAUAUGUAUACACAAGACCAAUAGAGUUUAAACAAAGAAACAAAGUAGUACAAAGUAGAAGAGAAAAAAAAAACAUGUUUGAAAUUUGGGGUCUGAUAGGUUCAAAGGUUGCAAGCCUAAUGUUUAUUUGGGCUAUGAUUCAAAGUUAUUGUCCUCAUCAAGUUCAUGCACUCAUUGAGAAAUUCUCAGAGAAAUUAGCCAACUUUUGUUACCCUUUUGUUGAGGUUAGAUUCUUUGAGAACAUUGGUGAUUAUAUGAGAACCAAUGAAGCUUUCUUAUACAUUGAAAACUACUUAACAUCUAAAUCAACCAACCAAGCAAAGAAACUCCAAGGUGAAUAUGUGAGAAAGUCUUUAGUUCUAAAGAUGGAUGAAAGACAAAAGUUUUAUGAUGAGUUUGAAGGGGUUAAGUUUGUUUGGAGUCUAAUCAAGAUUGUCCCCAACACAAAUUCUGUUUCAUUCUAUCCAGCUUCAGACAAAAGAUUCUACCUUCUCACAUUUCAUCGUAGUCAUCGCGAUUUCGUUGAGAAAUCUUACCUUAACCAUGUUUUGGAACAAGGUAAAGAAAUUGGUCUAAGUAAGAGGCAGAGAAAGCUUUACACAAAUUGCACAGGUAAUGGUGAAUAUGAAAGGGGAGGUAAGUGGAGUCAUGUGAUAUUUGAACAUCCGUCUUCGUUUGAAACAAUUGCAAUGAGUCCUAAAAAGAAGAAAGAGAUUGUUGAUGAUCUUGUUACAUUCAGUAAGGCUAAAGAGUAUUAUGCAAAAAUUGGCAAGCCUUGGAAGAGAGGCUAUUUGCUUUAUGGUCCUCCAGGAACAGGAAAAUCAUCACUAGUUGCUGCUAUUGCUAAUUUUUUGAAGUAUGAUAUUUAUGACAUUGAGUUAACCAAUGUGAAAAAUAAUGCUGAGUUAAGGAAACUUUUGAUUGGAAUCACGAGUAAGUCAGUUGUUGUUAUAGAAGAUAUUGAUUGUUCGCUUGAUCUUACCGGUCAGAGGAAGACAGAUUCGGAGAAUGACAAAGAAAAAGAGGAGAAAAAUGAGGAGGUGAAUCAAGUUGCUGCUGCUUCUCUGCAGGGAUUACAAGCAGCAGAUAAAGAAAAGAACAAAGCAAGUCAGGUAACACUUUCUGGAUUGUUGAAUUUCAUUGAUGGGAUUUGGUCUGCUAGUACUGGUGAGAGAUUGAUUAUAUUUACUACUAACUAUGUGGAGAAACUUGAUCAAGCUUUGAUUCGUCGUGGACGAAUGGACAUGCAUAUUGAGUUGUCUUACUGUGGUUUUGAUGGAUUCAAAAUGUUGGCAAUGAAUUAUCUGAGUAUUGAAUCUCAUCCUUUGUUCGAGACGAUUCAACGCUUGUUGGAAGAGACUAACAUGACUCCGGCUGAUGUUGCUGAAAACUUGAUGCCUAAGGUAGCUGAGGAAGAUGUUGAGGCAUCAUUGGAGAGGUUGAUCCAAGCACUUAGAACCUCCAAGGAAGAAGCUGAGAUGAAAGCCAAGAAAGAAGCAGAGAUGAAGGCUGAGAAAGAAGAAGGGACAGGUGAAGAGGGUUCAUCAGAGAAGGAGGCAGAAGAUGCAGAAGGCUGAAAAUUCCUAGGCAAUAUUGCUAGUUAUUUUAUAUUAGAGUCUUAUUAAAACAUUAGUAUGAAUCUCUAUUUCUAUGCUUACAUUCGAGUCUUAAUUUACUUUAUUAUAAGUUAGAUUAAUAUGCUAAGGUUGAAACAUUGUUGGUGAUUAUGCUGAAUUACAAACUAAACAAUGUACUUCAGGCCUUAUAACAAAGUAGGUUGAAUAUUUAGUACCAUUAAAAAGAUGGUUAACAAUGUUGAAUUAUAAAUAUGUUUAGUUUGCAGUGCAA